AUGGAACAAGUCAUUCGCCAAUCCAAGGCCAUGUGCCCCUUCCUCAAGACGGCCUCGCCCGCCACUCUGAGGGCCCUCUCGACCUCGUCGCGCCCCAAGGCCGUCACCGCUCCCGCUGCUCCGGCUGCCGGCUCGUCGCCCUGCGGGGGGAGGAUGUCGAACCUGCAGGUACUGGCCAACCGCUGCCCCGUCAUGGGGAGGGCCAUGGCCGUCCAGGUGUCCAAGCACGGGGCGGCCGCCGGGCUGCGCGCCAUGUCGUCGACCUCGCCGGCCUCGGCCUCGGCCUCGACCUCUCGCCUCAGGGCCGCCGGGGUACGGGCCGCCAGGAUGCACACGAGCAGCAAGCACGGAGCCAGGGCCGUCGACUCGCCCGUCAUCGACCGCAACCACUCCCCGCCCGCCGCUACAGGUGCCUCCUCGCCCCUCACCUCGGCCGACGGCUGCCGGUCGGCCGCCAAGUUCGACUACGAGGCCUUCUACAAGGGCGAGCUGGACAAGAAGCACAAGGACAGGUCGUACCGGUACUUCAACAACAUCAACCGUCUGGCCAAGAGCUUCCCCCGCGCCCACAUGGCUACCAAGGACGACUGCGUCACCGUCUGGUGCGCCAACGACUACCUGGGCAUGGGCCGCAACUCGCGCGUCCUCGACAGGAUGCACGAGACGCUCGACGAGUACGGCGCCGGCGCCGGCGGCACCAGGAACAUCUCGGGCCACAACCAGCACGCCGUCAAGCUCGAGGCCACCCUGGCCAGGCUGCACGCCAAGGAGGCCGCCCUCGUCUUCAGCUCGUGCUACGUCGCCAACGACACCACCAUGGCCACGCUGGGGGGCAAGCUGCCCGACGCCGUCUACCUGUCCGACAGCCUCAACCACGCCUCCAUGAUCCAGGGCAUCCGCCACUCGGGCGCCAAGAAGAUGGUCUUCAAGCACAACGACGUCGCCGACCUCGAGGCCAAGCUGGCGUCGCUGCCGCUGCACGUGCCCAAGAUCAUCGCCUUCGAGUCCGUCUACAGCAUGUGCGGCUCCGUCGGCCCCAUCGAGGAGAUCUGCGACCUGGCCGACAAGUACGGUGCCAUCACCUUCCUCGAUGAGGUCCACGCCGUCGGCAUGUACGGACCCCACGGCGCCGGCGUGGCCGAGCACCUUGACUGGGAGGCCCACAAGCAGGGCAGGCCCGAGGGCACCGUCAUGGACCGCAUCGACAUCAUCACGGGCACCCUGGGCAAGGCCUACGGCUGCGUCGGCGGGUACAUUGCCGGCAGCGCCAAGUUCGUCGACAUGAUCCGCUCGCUCGCCCCCGGCUUCAUCUUCACCACUACCCUGCCCCCCGCCACCAUGGCCGGCGCCAACGAGUCCAUCGAGUACCAGAUGGGGUACGACGGAGACCGCCGCCUGCAGCAGCUCCACACGCGCGCCGUCAAGGAGGAGCUCGAGGAGCGCGACAUCCCCGUCAUCCCCAACCCCUCCCACAUCAUCCCCAUCCUGGUCGGCAACGCCGAACUGGCCAAGCAGGCCUCGGAUAUGCUCCUCAACGACUACCGCAUCUACGUCCAGUCCAUCAACUUUCCCACCGUCCCCGUCGGCCAGGAGCGCCUCCGCAUCACCCCCACCCCCGGCCACACCAGGGAGCACCGCGACGAGCUCGUCCGCGCCGUCGACGAGAUCUGGACCCGCCUCGGCAUCAAGCGCACCUCUGACUGGGCCGCCGAGGGUGGCUUCAUCGGUGUCGGCGAGGCCGGCGCCCCCGAGGUCCAGCCCCUCUGGACCAACGUCCAGCUCGGCAUCGAGAAGGCCGCCCAGGAGAUUAGCGUCUCUGCCGGCCAGGGCGCCAGCCCCCGCCGUCUGACCGAGGCUCUCCUCGAGCGCGAGGGCGCCGCCGGCCGCAUCGCCACGGCUACCGCAUAG